CUCAGGCACGCUGUACCCCCUGUGGGUCCCUCGGAACUUAUGGAGACCGUAAUCGGCGUUGCGGCCUCCGUAUAAAUGCGGGCGGUACACGCACGGCGGCUUCUCAAAGUGUCUUACGCUACACCAGCCAUGAACCCCCACAGCGCUGCUGAAGCGGGCAAAGCCCACUUGCCGUCGUCGCGAGGUCUUAGCUGGGCUCUGCUGACACUCUCCUUCCAGACUCUCGGUAUCAUUUAUUCUGAUAUCGGGACGUCGCCCUUGUACACGCUUAACGGCUUAUGGCCUGCGGAUGGCCCAGUUCCACCAACAGAAGACGUUAUCGGCGGUAUUAGUGCCAUUAUAUGGGCGUUAACACUACUCCCUCUGUGCAAAUACGUCUUCAUCUGCCUUCGCUUCGGUACCACGGAAGGCGAAGGAGGAACAUUCGCCCUUUUUCAAGGUCUCUUUCCACCUGAGCUGGACUACACAGAUGACGACUCGCUAUUGAACUCGUCCGACGAGAAGGCGUCAGAGGUGUCUCCCAGCCCGUCCAUGAUUUGCGCUCGCCAGGUCACGACCCCGCCCAAACUGCGCUUGCCGUUGUUCGUAUGGUGUCUUUUUGGCACCGCCCUCACGCUUGCAGACGGUGUCUUCACUCCCGCCGUCUCGGUUACCAGCGCCGUCGCGGGUAUCGGCGUCGCGAAACCAUCCAUUAACAGCGACGUUGCGCCUAUAUCUAUCGCGCUGUUAAUCGUUCUCUUCCUGUUCCAAUUUCGCGGCACCUCGCAAAUCGGCUUCCUCUUUGCUCCAGUCACCUUCAUCUGGCUGAUCCUACUUGCGGUUACGGGCAUCAUCAACACCGUCUCCUACCCGGGCAUUUUCCGUGCCUUCGACCCGUCGCGAGCGAUUCUUCUGUUCGUGCGCACCAGAGAUUACGACAUCUUGGCUGGUGUUCUGCUGGCUUUGACCGGAUGUGAGGCAAUGUUUGCCAGUCUCGGCCACUUCAACAUGCUGUCGAUCCAGCUCUCCUUCAGCCUCUUCGUCUAUCCGUCUAUCGUCCUCGCUUACCUUGGCCAAGGAGCCCGGCUCAUCGUAGAUGGCGAAGCCGUCUUAUUCAACCUCUUUUAUGCUACUAUCCCUGGGUCGACGAACGGUCCUCUCUACUGGAUCAUGUUCGUUCUCGGCAUCCUGGCUACGUUUAUCGCAUCGCAAACCCUUAUCACCGCGGCGUUCAGUCUUGUGCAACAGAUGAUUAAGAACCACGUCCUUCCACCCCUUCGCGUAGUUCACACGUCGUCAAAGAUCAAGGGCCAGAUCUACAUCCCUGCGAUCAACUGGACUUUGAUGAUCGUCACGGUCAUUGUCGUUGGGACAUUCAGAAAUUCCACUAACCUGUCCAACGCUUACGGCUUUUCAGUUGCCACCGUUAUGUUCUCCACGACCAUUCUCAUCGCCAUCCAGAUGAGAUUCGUCAAACACCUGCCCAUCAUCGUCGCUCUAGCUUUCUUCUUGGUAUUCGGCUUCCUCGAUGGGCUCUUCUGGGGUGCCGCACUCAAGAAAAUUCCUGAAGGAGCGUACGUCCCACUAAUUAUCGGAAGUAUAUGCAUGUUGAUUAUGCUUUUCUGGAGCUGGGCGAGGGGACUUGAGGACGCUUUCGAUGGCAACCACCGCUCGGAUUUGCAGCAUGUCAUCGUUCGUCAGCAGCUGCAGACGGCAACCAGCGAGUACGAUGCGCCGGAGAUUGGUUAUGAGCAUCGUCAGGAAGAUCGCUUUAACGAUGGGUCGUCGGAGUCCGAGAAGUACUACAUUUGCGAUCCGGAGGACCGCAUCGUCAGCACUAUACUACCCUCGAAGGAGUACAACGCCUUACUACAACUUGCUCGCCUCCCCACCUGUGCUGUGUUCCACCGAAUGACAUCUGGAAAGGGCGUGCCUCAUUCCUUCGCUGCCUUCAUUCGCCAAUGGCCAGCUCUCCCAAGGGUGGUGAUAUUCUUGUCGGUCCAUGUCAUGUCAGUAGCAUACGUCGAGCCAGGAGAGCGUUACACGCUACGCAAGGUCCCUAGCGUUCGCGGUUUCUACACCGCCAUCUACCGCCUCGGGUACCGGGAAACGUUCAGUGUCAAGGUCGACAACUUCAUAGACACGAUCUGCGCUCUCGAAGCCCGCGAGGACCCUGUCAACAGUGCCGCUACUAUCGCUGAGGUCCAGGCUGCCGCCAAGAGGGUUACGCACAUUGCCCCACACUACGUCGUGUCAAGCAGAAGUCUGGGGUCGAGCAGGUUCAUGAGGGCGGUGUCAUGGAUACGCAAAGUUCUCAUCGAGGAUAUCUAUCGUCGCCUAGCCACGAUGUUCCCUGACACCGACGGAUGGCUCGGCUCCGCGGAUGAGAUUAUCCAUGUGGGUGUUAACGCUACGCUAUAGCUCUGCUACAUCGGUUUUCUAUCUCUGUCUUCUCCGUCUGUAACCUCACGCUCGCACGCUAUAUAUCAGUAUAUAUACAUAUGAUCAGUACGCAUAUAUUUAAUAGUCCAUCAUGAGGAGAACCGCCUUUCUCGCUCUAGGAGAAGUGUGUGCCAACAUGCUCUAGUGUACCGGAAUAUAUGGACAGCGCCUCGUCCUCCGUGAGCUGUGUAACGUUUGGCAUGCCGUACGAAGGCAUCGUGCGCCCGUCUGGCAAUUCAUCUGGUUCGGCGUCGCUGAGACUGCUGCUGCUGUCGUCUGAGCUUUCAGCUAAACUCGACGGGCGGUACUCAGAGUCGUCAUCCGAGUCCGCUCCGCCUGAAGGACCAGCUUGGUUAGGAUUCGCGUCGUCUUCGCCGUACAAAGGGCUGUGGUACAGAGCAAGUUCGCUUGCGCUCUCCUUGAUUUGCAGGCCGUAGAAGUCUUGUAUAUGGAUUCGGUCGUCUUGUUCGUCGUGCCAUGGUGGGAAGAUGUACGGAACAUCGGGAGCCCAGCGGAGGAGAUAGAUAUCGAGGUACCGCACGUGUUUCCAUUUUGACCCUUCGUGAUGCUUGAAACUCUUCGUCGCCGAUGGUGCGGGGCACAGCGAGCCUUUGACGACGAGGUCGACAUGCUCAAUUGGCCUGAAGAAGGCGGGGGAUCUCUUCAGGAGCCUCAGGUGCUCCGGCGACGUCACCCGAAGAACCACGUGUUCAAGGUUAGGGCACUUGCUAAGGGCAUGCACCUGCCUCUCGAACUUCUCGGUGUCGGCGGGCCAAGAAAGGUUCCCUCCGAAGUCGACGUUGGUUAGCUUCGGCCCAUACUUGAUGAAGAAGGGGUUGAAGCUGUUCUUCGUCUCAUCUUUGAGGCUCAUUUCCGGCCGGAAGCGCAGAGACUUCAGCUUGGGCAUAUUCCACCAAUAUGGGACGUGAAAAUAUUUAUCUGCAGGUGUCGACCAGAAGGUUAUGGUCUCCAAGCGAGGGAAGAGUAGCGGGUAAAUCUCCACGCUAGGUACAAAGGAGCCGGCGUGUAUGGAGAACGAUACAAGGUUGGUCAAAGGAAGCUCCAUCUCGAGCAGGGCGAGAAAGCUAGGCUUGAAUUGGUUUGCGUAACGGUCGUCGUGCAGGCCAAGAUGUUGUAAUCUGGACGGCAGAGGCAGGUUGAUGUAAUUACCAUCUCCAGCGUAACUCGUGAAGAGGCAGGGGAGAUAGGAAGGUCCCAAGAGAGCAGAAACAGGAAAAGUUCCCUGGAAUGAUAUUCCAGUAAGAUGGGGGCAAUAAUCGAUAAUAUCUGCCAAGCUGUCGCGGAUGAUGCGGAGUAGGCACUCGGGGACCUCGCAGCUGAGUAUAAGACUCCGGACGAGGACACCGAACUUGUGUGGGGCUGAUUUAAUCGUCCUUGCCAAAGCUACAAUUUGACCGGGCCGUCGCAAGACGAUGUCGGAGUACAGAUGAAACGUCGCCGCAUCGUGCCAGGCUUUUCGAACGAGGGAAAGCGACUUCAGCGUACGUACAGCCAUGCACCAGGGGCUCUGCGGCCCAUAAGCUAGUGAAUGAGGAAGCAAACGUGGUGGCGGCAUGGCGUAGUGUAACACGCGAACGAUAGCAUUCCCGUCCACGUCCGGCCUUCGAGGAGGCUCGGCAGGUGUAGAACCUAUUAUAUCUGUGAUCAGGAGGGCGGCCUCGGGACGCUGCGCUGUUUGCGAGGCUUGUCUCUCGUAAUCUGGCGUUCCAACCUUGUCGGCUGUAACUGGGGCUUCUCCCGCCGAGGACAACUUGGGUUUGCCUUUCUUCUGGGGCUUACGGCUCACGCGAAUUUUCUCUACUUCCAAUUCCGUGAGAAGCCUUAACCUCCAGGCAUCCAGGUUUGCACUCAUGCCUUUGAAGCGGCCAUUCUCCUGCUGAAGCCGUUCAAUCCAGUUCUCUAAAGAGACUUUGAAGGCUCCGGUUCUCGAGAAGGACAGAUUCAACAUCCUUGUCUGGCUUAUCGUCUUCCGAGAAGGGUUCCACAUAGACGUUGCACUGUCGGUAUGUACCAUGGCCGUUAGGCGUAGCCGUUCCACGGAGAUUAUCCAAUAGCUUGUCCAUGAAGUUCAAGACUAGGUAAUGGUGGGUAUACGGUUGUCUGCUGCUUCGGAAGAUCUAGAGGUAUCCGAAAGGAAUGUCCUUCGGCGACGGCUUAUUCGCACCAAUGCGAGAAUGCGCUGAUGAGCCACGCUAGA